AAAUAAGCGAUUCAGAUAUUCAGGUAUUCUUUAACACAGUAGCUUCUACCUCAGUCUUUGGUAAGCAGCCUUAGAGAAGGAUUUGCUUGCAACAGCUUUCUUUUAGCAGUCAAAAGCCUAACUGUGUUUACGCUGCAAAAUGCGUCUUCAAAUAAUAAAAGAUUUUCUGAUGAAGGCAUCCUUUGAUUUCGACAGACCAGAUAUAGAUUUAUACAAUUUUCACCCACAAUUGCGCAUAUUUCUCGCUGUUAAAGGAGUAUUCUUUACAAAUAGGGGCUCUCGAUUCAGAUUAAUAUGGCCCAGCAUUUGUAUCCAGCUUUCCAUAAUAGGAAUGACUUUCGAGGAGAUGUUCAUUUGGCGAGGUGUGUCUCUAAAGGACUAUUCGUUCGCGACUGAAUGUUUCUGCUACUGGCUCCUACUUGGCUGUAUACCUACCGUCUACGUUAGCAUCCUCGUACACACAAACAAGAUUUACGAUAUCGUCGUCAAAAUGAACGAAGAAUUUAUCUAUGUUUGUAGUUUGGGACCCAGGUACAGGAAACCAUUCUUGGAAGGCCAGCUAUUGAUCUGGCAGCUAUGUUACGCGUGGUUCGGCUUCGUCAGUUUUGUGGGUGGCCUAUACGUGGUGUUUCCUCUCGUUGGACUAAUAUACCAAAGCCUGUUCGCCACCCUGAACGAGAACACCACCAGACCUCUCCAAUUCCCCAUGUGGCUUCCUCAUGACGAUCCUUAUAGAACACCCAACUAUGAAUUAUUCCUUUUUAUUCAGUCAACACUGUGUUUUUGUUUUGUGCAAACUUUUUGUGUUUACAUAUACACACUGUUCCACAUCCUGCUGCAUUAUUACAUGAUUAUGGACAUGAUAAUAAUAGACUUCAGUGUGAUAUUUGAUGGGCUUGAAGAAUCCGUGGCAUUGCUAUCCCGACAUGACAGUCGCAGAAUGGAAACGCAGCGCAUAUUGAACGCUAGAAUCGAAAAGAUCGUUAAGUGGCAUCUCUCUGUGUUUGGGGCUGUGAAAACGGUAUCAUCGAUAUAUGGACCUCCGCUGGUGUACCAAGUGUCGUUUACUUCCAUCGCCAUCUGCCUCAUUGCGUAUCAGAUUGCCGAGAAACUUGAUCAUGGCAGCUUGGACAUAUUAUUUUCCCUGCUAAGCAUUUGUGCGUGUUUACAGCUGUGGAUACCAUGCCAUCUGGGGACUAUGAUACGAAAUAAGGCGUUUGAAGUUGGCGACGCGGGUUGGACGUGUGGCUGGCACGAGACGCCUCUUGGCCUGAUGAUUCGCACCGAUAUCAUCAUCAUCAUCUUGCGAGCACAGCAGCCUGUCACCAUCAAGUACACCGGGCUACCACAGAUACAGCUGGAGACCUUCUCCUCGAAAAUGAGAACGAGUACGUCUCAGUUUAGUAAAAUGGUGACAUUCAUGGAAGAACAUGGUGACCUCAACAAACCAGCCCAUGAUCCAAGUGGUAGGAUACUCAAUAUGAAAAGUUGGGUGCGUUUGACUGAGAUAUUAAACAGUGACAACAGCGGUGAUGUUAAAACUGUUGAGAAAUGGAAGAAGGUAUGGAGUGACUUCAAAAACAACACUAAAAAGAAGGCUGCUCGCUUACAAAGAUCAGCUAUAGGGACUAGUGCUGGGCCAGUGGUCUAUGCAAAAUUGACAAAUUUAGAGAAAAGGGUACUAAAACUGAUUGGUGCAAAUAGUUGGAUCAUUGCACCACAUCGAAAAAUAAUUAGGCCAGUGCUGCAAGUUCAGCAAGUUCAGCAAGUGCAGCAAGUUCAGCAAGUUCAGCAAGUGCAGCAAGUUCAGCAAGUGCCGAUAGAACCUACAACAAGACCGUUUAUCAUUAUAAAUGAAACUCCAAAAGAAUUAAAAUUUGAAAAAAAUAUUGAAGAAAGUCCUCAAGAAGAAAAUACUGAUGUGAGACUAGAGGAAAUAAGGAUUAGGGAAAUGGAAAUUGAAAAUCAAAGGGAAUGGCAAAGACUAGCUUCAAGAGCAUUAGAUAUGUUAGAUAAAGUAGUCGAUAAGUUUUGUUCAAGUUAG